AUGGCUCAAAAAAAAUACUUGAUAUUUUUGUAAAGAAAUAGACUAGACUUGUUAAAAUUUAUAAUUGAGAUGUAAUCAGCAAAUAAUAAGGAAUCAAUAAGCCUUUUGAUAGCUUACCUUUUUUAAAUACANUGCAUGUUACUUUGGAACACCAACGAACAAUGUUUGUCCGCCAUGUCCAUCAGAUUAAUACUAUGUUAAAAAUGUUGGGUGUAGAUUGAAAUGCGAUUCUAUUUAACCAUUAUGUUUUAAUGGAUUUUGCAAUGCUUGUCCAAGUAUAUUUAAGUUAUUUUGUUUAGGUAAUUUUGGAAUAGGAUAAGUUAGAGUCAAUGAAAAAAUAUCUAAUGAUCCUAAUAGUUAUAAAGAUUUUUUAUAAUGGUCUAAAAUCUAUGACCCAAAAUUCAUUGACAAUUCUGUAGAUGUGUUUCAUUAUUAUACAGAAAAUGGUUAUAAAAUCUUCAUAUAUGGAAUAUUUAAGCAAAGCUCAGGAAUUAUGAGAUAAGUUUCAAUAUCAAAUUAAUGGGGAUAUUAUAUGAAAGUAAAAAUUACGAUAAUCAUUUUCAAUGGGUUUCCAAUGGAUUGUGGAAUUUAAUUCAAAUUUAACAAUACUCUUGUUGGUUCCAUAUAUAAGAAUAGUUCUGGAAUUUAAUUGCACAAAUUUAAGGAAUUUUAAGAGACUUCUCUAGGUCCUUAUGAAUCUUAUUCCAGUUCCUAUAAAUAUAUUAUUGAUGGUGUUUUUGACUUGCCUAAAUAUAAAAUUUUGUUUUCAGCUAUUGGUAAUUAUAGGUAAAUAUUUUAUAUAUGAAUUCUUAGUGACACAUCAUUUGGUUGGGCAUUUUAAUCAAUUUGGUUUAGAACAUAGAGAUGUACAAAUGAUUGUAUUUCUUGCGAUGUAAAUUUCAAAUGCACUUAAUGUUCAUCAUCAACUUUUAGAUAUAGAGAUGGAACAUGUAUUUCGACUUGUAAUCAACCCCAUUAGAAUAUAAUUUCGGGUUAUUGUAAGGAUUUAGAUGAUGAAACUCCAUGUAAUGAAUUAAUUAAAUAUAGAUUCAUCACUAUUGACAAGAGAAGAUGUGAAUCAAUUUGAAUUAGAUUAUUACCCUGAAUUCACCUUUAGUUUCUUAAAGUUUUUAAAAUUUUUUAAGAGGAUCUGA